CUCGGCGCGUCGCCCUCCCCGGAAAGCCGCGGCGGGAAGGCGCCAGGAGGGGGCGGGUGCCGGUGCCGGGGGCGGGGCAGCGCCUGCGUGGGUCGGCCGCCUGGGCUGGCUGGAGGCGGCGGGGUCCGGUCGGCGCUGGAGCCUCCUCCGCGGCGGAAUCCAAAAUGAACGUCGGGGUGGCCCACAGCGAGGUGAACCCCAACACCAGGGUGAUGAACAGCCGAGGGAUGUGGCUCACCUACGCGCUAGGGGUUGGCUUGCUCCACAUCGUCCUCCUCAGCAUCCCGUUCUUCAGCGUUCCCAUCGCGUGGACCUUAACCAACGUCAUUCACAACUUGGGAAUGUAUGUCUUCUUGCACGCGGUGAAAGGAACUCCUUUUGAAACGCCAGACCAAGGAAAAGCUCGGCUUCUGACGCACUGGGAGCAGCUAGACUAUGGCGUGCAGUUUACAUCUUCACGGAAAUUCUUCACGAUCUCUCCAAUAAUUUUAUAUUUCCUGGCAAGCUUCUACACAAAAUACGACCCGGCACACUUCAUCCUGAACACCGCCUCGCUCUUGAGCGUGCUGAUCCCGAAGCUGCCGCAGUUGCACGGCGUCAGGAUUUUUGGGAUCAACAAAUACUGAGCGAAAGAGAUGCCGCCGGAGCAGAUCUAGCCCAGACUUGGCACAGCCGCUGUUUCCCUGGAAGAAGAAACCGUUUGUGGCCUCCGCCCAUCUGGUACCCUUCAAGGGGACUUUCUUCUCCAAAGCCGUAGAUGCUAUCCUUUCAAAGCUGCAUGGGAGAGAAACAGACAAUCUGGAGACGCGUUCCCUUGGGAGCGCGGGCCUGGCUGUAAUCUGUCGACGAUGCUGACCAGAUAUAUAUAUAUAUAUAUCCAGCCACCUUAAGCAGUCUGCAGAACGGGUCAUGAAUAAUGUGAUGGGAUCAUACUGUUCACAAAUGGUAGUCCCCUGCGGUACUAGCGUGGUCAUGGAAAGCACCCCAGUUCUCUGUUGAAGAGAUUGGUUUGGUUUAAAUGUUGUACAGUAACCUGUUAUUGUUUUACGGGUGUGUUUUUUGUGUUCGCUGUUUCAAGAGCCGGGAGGUUUCUGUUCAGCUGCGAGGGUUUCCAAGCUAACAUGAACUAGCAGCUCUGUGAUAAAACGGAUCGAAAUGUCAUACAUAUUCUCAUGCCUUUUUAAUUGCCGUUUCUCCAUCUUGAGAUGCCAAACCUCAGGGGAGCGGUAUAUCCGCUUCUAGGUCUGCCUUCCGUAGGCAGACUGAUACAUUUUUGGCUCACUGGGCAAAGCAAAUUCGUCUCGACCAUUUGGAAUACCUGCAAAUGGUAACUCUUUAUCUUUGAAAGGGAGAUCAUUUCUAUCUUAGAGCUGGCUUUGUAAUGCACCCUUAGGAGACAGAGAGCUUCAGAAACCAGGGCAAACUGCUGGGAAAUCUACCUUUCUCUAGUUAGUUGGCUGACAAAAUCCUUAGUAUUCCCGUGAGUAGAAAUGUUGUUUUUGGAAAACGUAGUCCAUUUCUGUGCUCAGAAUUUUUGCACGAUGGGGGGGCGUGGGGUGGGUGGUCCGAUACCAAGCAGAUUGCGCUGUGUGAUUGCACCUAAGAAUGUUUACAACAGUGUCUACAGCAGAAUUAUCCUUUCCUAAGACCAUUGAAGGCAGUGAGCACAGAAGGGUGUAACUGCUUAGGGUGUCCCUGAUAAUCUCUCAUCUCUUCCGCUCCCUUCUCUUGUAAUAUAUCUGGAGUGGUGAGUUUUUUAGGAAGGGAGUUAAGAGAAAUGCUAUGAGAGAGCUGAGCUAGUCUGGCAGGGGAGAUUCUGGGUUUCGGAACCUGCAGAACAUUUUGUCCUGCGAAGAGCUGCAGAGUCCCACUUUGGCUGCAAUUCCCCUGAGUGCGAGAACAGUUCCUGCGAUUUUUGAAACUGGGGGGUGAACCGAUUGUUCUGUGAGACCUCGAAGGCCUGUGGUUUCGUCUCCUGGGAAAAAAUCCAGUCUGCCAACCUUUGAUUUGCCAGUGCUGGAUUUAGGAAACCUAAGAUCCUUGGCCCGCAGUAAAUUUGGAAUUAAAACCAGUAUUGACGUAUGUACUCGAAGUAAUCAUUGACUCCUUUCAAGAAACCAUACUUUUCUGUUAAUUAUCUGAGCUCUCGGAAACUAUUUCUUUUUUGAACAAUAUCAGUGUUUUUAUAUUAAUAAAAUGAAUGACUCCGCCUGGAAAGUGUGUCAGUAUAGCACUCUGUUAAGUGAAGUUCACUGGACCAAAACUGGCUAUACUCACUGACAAAUCGCUGACGUGCUUUUGUAAUUAGAAUCAUUAAUUGUAUGUUCGAGCGGCUACGUAAAUACGUGUUCAGAAAAGCCCUUUCAACAAUUCUGUUAGUUGUUAAUACAGAAGGCUUUUUUCCCACUUGGCUGUGACUUUUUUUCUCUUAAGUUCUGGUGUGUGUGUAUUUGAUUGAAAAGAUUGCCCUGACGGUUAAUUUAUUUUUGAAAAGAAUGAUGAAAACUCCACUUAGCUUCCUGUAUGAAAAGAAACACAGAAGACUAGCAGUUUUAGCCUUUACUCAUAGAGGUAACUGGGACAGCUAACCUUCUCUGUCAUUCUUUGUGAGAUUACUUGUUAUUUGCUGAAUCCAUAUGUGAAUGGAGUUUACAAUCUCCCUUCUACUUGAAAUGGAACAUAUAAAUAAAUGUGUAUAAAAUUAUAGGUAUUCAUACACAUUUUAACUUUGGCUCUGCAGAGCAAAUGAAAACUGCUCUAUUCUACAUAAAGAUGUUAGUUUGGUCAGUUAAGGUGCAGUGAUUGAGAAAAUUGUAUGCUUUCACAUUAGAAUAUUGUCCUGAACUAUGAGAAUUUUUCUUUUGUACACACUGCCUGUGUCAAAACCAUUAUUUGGUUCAUUAUUGAACAUGGUACUUUGAUACAAAAGCAUUUAUGCCGAAUUGUAUUUUUACUUUCAGACGGGGGGAGCAGGGCUAGGUAGGCACUAGGAUCUGGGGGGAGCAACAACAAAAAAGGUCCUGCAUGCUUUGUUCUGUGGCAGAGGAAUAUUCAACCUACUAGCAUCUUUAUGUGAAACGGAGUAUAGAAUUCAUAACUUGAUGUUUAAAAAAACUUGCAUUAUUGUAUGGAUUUGUGGAUUUAUUUUCCCUUUUUCAAAUCAAUAAAACUUCCAUGUACUUUCUCAUA